AGUGACGUAUUGCUCACGUGACCGCCGCUGCCGCUGGAGUUGCGAUGAUGGCGGCCAGUAAUUAUUAUGGAUUCACACAUGCCGCUGCAGCAGCCGCCGGCCCGCAAUACAGCACACAGCCGCCCCCUGCAUAUUCCCACCCAACCACAGGCAGCUACAGCAUUCAGCCCGCCCCCGGAGUGGUGCACGCUGUCACCGCCUCGUACCCUGCAGCCACCGCCCAACCCGUUCGGCCGCCAUCAACUGCCCCCUAUCCCACUUACCAGCCCCAUCCUCCCCCGAACUACGGCUACCGGCAACCCGAGCCGUCCCCACAGCCGACGACCGCCCCACAAACCUACCAGGUUAUAACAGAACCGGAGAAUUACACUUAUGGGCGACCUCCGCCAGUCAGCACUUACGAGAACAAGCAGUAUUUUCAAACAAGCGUCGCACCCGCGCAGCGAACUGCAACAGAGGCUUACUUCCAGACGGGGCUUAAAAGUGUCUACAGCCCCGCCAGCACGGCGUACAGCCAACCCACCGUUCAGAGACAGGUCGCCACUCUAAAACCCCCACCUGCUCCCAGCUCGGUGUCUUCAAGCUACACGAUCUACCCGACGUCAACCAGCGUGCAACAAACUCCAACCCCCAUAUCCACUUACACCCCCAGUUCUUCCUUCAACUCCACAGUUGCUACGUCUUACUCCGGUCUAAGCUAUUCCAGCUAUGAGUCUACCGGUUACACGUCCACUCCAUCAUACUUCCAGCCGGCGCAGCUGGCACCCCCACAGCCCCAGCCGCCACCCCCACUGCAACAACCGCAACAGCCUCCACAGCAGCAGGUGCAACCGCAAUCCAAACAGCUCACCAACUCCUCCUGGAGCCACACCGGGGGCUCUGUCACCUCUGUUAACUCAUACAAGAAGCCGGCGUUCCACCAAAACAAGAUCCAGAAACCCAAAGGUCCACCCAAGCAACCGCAGCUGCACUACUGCGACAUCUGCAAGAUAAGCUGCGCUGGUCCACAGACGUAUCGAGAACAUCUGGAAGGACAGAAGCACAAGAAGAAGGAGGCGGCUCAGAAGAGCGGCAGUCAGGUGACUAACGGACCUCGUGGAGUCCAGACGCAACUGCGCUGUGAACUGUGCGACGUCUCGUGCACCGGUGCCGAUGCUUACGCCGCACACAUAAGAGGAUCGAAACACCAGAAGGUGGUGAAGUUGCACACCAAGCUUGGCAAACCUAUUCCAUCAACGGAGCCUGUUCUCGUGAGCUCUGCCCCUGUUGCCGUGACGAUGACUACUGGCAAAAUGUCAUCAGCCCCGGCGAAGACUUCCACCUCUAGUGCUGUGAUGCAGAAGAUGCCAGCGACGCCGCUUUCCAAACAUUCGGGCACUCCUGCGAAAAAACCCACGGCUGCUAAAGUCACCUUCAUCGGCAGUAAAACAUACGCACCAGUCCCAGUAAAGUCAGAGUUGAAGCCCCCGGCGGUCAAGACGGACCCUCUGAGUGAUGAUGAUGAUGAUGAUGAUGAUGAUGAUGCUGACGGACCAGAAGCACAAGGAGACAUUCAGCCUGUGGGACACGACUACAUAGAAGAGGUUCGAAAUGACGACGGGAAAGUGAUUCGCUUCCACUGUAAACUGUGUGAAUGUAGUUUUAACGAUCCGAACGCUAAAGACAUGCACCUGAAGGGCCGAAGACAUCGCCUACAGUAUAAGAAAAAAGUGAACCCGGACCUCCCAGUGGAGAUCAAACCCAGUAACCGGGCAAGGAAACUUCUGGAAGGCAAACUGAGGAAACAGAAGCAGAAGUCUGUGCUCAGGAGACAACAGGAGGACGAGCAGCGCUGGCACAUGGAGAUGAGGAGAUACGAGCAGGACCUGUACUGGAGAAGAUUAGAGGAGGAACAAAUCUACUGGGUGGAGCAGAGACACAGGAUGGCCCCGCCUCCUCUCAUGGGCCGGCCCAGCAUGCCCGUGCCUCCCCUGCUGUCUGUACGGCGACCCGACUCUCCCGAUGACCGGCACAUCAUGGCCAAACACUCGGCUAUCUACCCUGUGGAGGAGGAGCUUCAGGCCGUUCAGCGAAUCGUCUCGCAUUCUGAACGCGCUCUCAAACUGGUCUCCGAUUCGCUGCUGGAGACGGAUGGGUCUGCGGUAGACGACAAAGACAAGCAGGCUGAAUCUCAGGCUCGUGUUCUGAAAGGAGUGAUGCGCGUGGGAAUCCUGGCCAAAGGUCUCCUGCUGCGCGGCGAUCGCAACGUUCAGCUCAUUCUGCUGGCGGAUAAGAAACCCGCCGUCUCUCUGUUGAAAGCCGUCGCCGAACAGCUUCCCAAACAGCUAGCGACCUUUUCUGAAGAUCAGUAUGAGGUGCAGGUUCAGCCCGAGGAGGCCAACAUCCUGAUAUUUUCAAGCAAGGAACCAAAAAUGCAGGUGACCGUGUCGCUUACGUCGGCGGCGAUGCGAGAAGACCCCGACCCCGACAUGGAGAAAGUUCCACAGAAAAAUCCUCCUGAUGUUCUCAAUAGGAUGAAGUGCCUUGAGUAUUUAGCGUCUUUGCGUCAUGCUAAAUGGUUUCAGGCUCGUGCAAAUGGUCUACAGUCCUGCGUGAUUGUCAUCCGGGUUCUGCGAGACCUGUGCCAGCGUGUACCUACCUGGAGCAAGAUGCCAGACUGGGCCUUGGAGCUGUUGGUGGAGAAAGCCAUCAGCAGUGCGUCUGGCCCCCUCAGUCCAGGAGAAGCUCUACGGAGAGUUCUCGAAUGCAUCUCUAGUGGGAUUCUUCUGUCAGAUGGUCCAGGUCUUCUUGACCCGUGUGAGAAAGGUCAAACAGAUGCUUUGGGGAGCAUGUCAAGACAAACCAGAGAAGAUGUGACCACUAGUGCACAGCAAGCGCUGCGACUGCUGGCUUUCCGUCAGAUCCACAAUGUUCUCGGCAUGAGCUCUUUACUGGCCUCCAAACCUGGAUCACGAAACCGCAAGAGACUGCGAGACGGCAGCGAUGUCGGCGAGGGCGAAGGCGACGAGAAGAAAGAUAAAAGAGACGAUUCUCACAACCUGUGAGGUUGCGGUCACGUAAUCUCUAAUAACAGAAUUUAUUACGUCUUUUAAUAUGUAUAAAUAUCACUCAAAGAGGAAGACUGGGAGGAAAAUACAAGACUUGACAGUUCCGUUUUUUUGAACGUUUUAAAAUCAGUGUUAAAAUGCACUUGUUCCCCUUUGGAUGAUGUAAUACAUGCUAUAUUACAUCAGAGCCGAAAAUAGACUGAAGCGCUGCUGAAUCCAGACGCAUUCCAGUUCAGAGCGACGGGUUAGGAAUAAACGUUGCUACUGACCAGCGACUGACCAGCAUCUAAUAUAAAACACUUACUUUUGCUCUGUUAGGCACUUUCAUAUAUUAAUAGCACUUAAGUAAUUAAAAGCUUUAACAACAUAGGCCAGUCUUAUUAUUUUUGUUUACAAAAAGCCAUCAAGAUAAUAAAAAUACACGUGUGGAAAACUCAUCGAAGGAUUUUACACACCUACUUAUUCUUUACUAUUGUUAUAAAAUGUGAAGAGAAACUAUAAACUAAUGAAGAUGGAGGUGUGGCCAUUAUCGAACUUGUCAAACAAAACCCUUAGAUUUCAUCUUUAAAGAUCUACAUUACAAAUCUAUAGCCUCCAACAUCUAGUAUUGAAUGUCGCAUCAAUUUCAGUUCUAUUUUUAUUUAAAAAUGUUAACUAAAGUUUUAGAUUAAAAGAUUAGAUCACAGAUAAAUGUAUUAAAGUGUGUACAAAUAUAAAUAUAAAAGUAUAUUUAACUUUAUGUACCACACAUACACUACCAGUAGCCUCAAAAGUAUUUGGACACCAAAGUCAGACUUAAAAAAGGCUUUGCAAUAUAUAACAAAAUAUCAAAACAAAUAUAAUUUGUUUUUUAAAAUAGCACAAGCAUAUUAAAACCCAGCAUCAGUUGUUGUUUUAGCAAUGUGAAUUUUUUUUUCACUUGCUUUGAUAUUUCGUUAUCUAAAGGCUGAAGUAUAGUUCCCUUUUUACGCGUACGCGAGGGACAACGUACAGUGCGCGUGAUGCAAAUUUCGUCAUCAGAAUAAUACGUGCGUACGUGCACCGCCGGAAUUUUGUCGCACAUGCGCUUUCCAUUUCUUGCAGUAAUUAGUUUAACCACCAGGUGGCAACAGUGUCCUGGGAGCAUCGAUUCUAGGUAGUAGAAGAAAACCUGACCCCUGUAGGCCCGGAGAGGUAUUGCAAUAUGUCGCAAUGCGCAAAUGUCAAUACCCGUGUGUACUUGUACGAGUCGAAAGCACUAUACUUUGCAAGGCUGUGUGUUUGAGUGUAUGCCUACGCUCGCGUACUCGUUAAAAAGAAGUAUGCCACAGGCAUAAAGCUAACAAAUAUAUAGAUUUUUAAACAUGGCUAAGUUGUCCAAACACUUUAUGGAGCAAGUACAAUAAAGACUAUAAUAUUAUAUCUUUACGAUAAUGGUUUUAAGUGAGAAUGUAGACUAAUGAAUCUUCACUAAUAUGCUGUCAGAACAACACAAAAUGGUUCGACUUUGUGUGCUUCAUCGUUCACCUUACACUGGAUUUGUGUUUAAAUAUCGGAUCUAUAUCUGAUCACGCAGCAAAAAUCGAUGACAGUGCACAGAAAUUUAUAUAAAAUAGUUUAUGCGUCAUAGUUGGUUGUUUUAAUUUGAUUAGUCGGAUGGCGAAUAAUCUGUCAUUUCACAUUAACAUGCUGGUGUUUCGACAGGGUAAUGAUUUACUGUUUUAGAGUUGUAGAAUAAAGUCUGUGGUUCUUCACACGUGCCUGAGGUAAAGUCGAGCGAUUUCAAGUACUUGAAGUGUGAAACGAGCAGGUGAAUUUCUGGUUCUUCGUAUUGCAAUAUAAUAUAAUGUAAUACCUCUCUAUUCUUACCUUUUUAUAUAAACGGGAAACUCUUGAGAAAGACGCACAGUGUCGCACGGUCGAGAUGUUAGUUUAGCUGUUAGCAAUUUAAUUGAAUUGAUUCACGUCGCUUGAAUGCGUUGUUUUUAAACAUGUACUGCGAACGUUUUCCUGGCGUUUUUGAAAUGUUUCCGCUGAGUGCUUGUUAUUGUUUGUAGGACUAUGAAUAACGGUGUGAUCUUUCAUUUGAAUAUGUGUCUAGUGCUGCUUAACUAAAUAAAGACAUAAAAACACUGAAUAUCUGCUUCA